AUGACCGAAGGAACUCUCGCGUCGGCCGUCGCCCUCCCCGACCAGGACACUACUACAAUCCCGUCUCCAGAAGCAGGGCUAAAGCGGCGACAGUCGUCGAUUGAAGACCCAGACUCGGAGAACAAACGCCGUCGUCUUAGCUCACAAACGGAACAUCAUGAUGACACCCAGUCAAUUCCGGAUCGCAAACAGGCCUCACCGGAUGUAACAGAACGGAAACCGCGGCGUGGCGCAGGACGGGAUGAGGAGCGCAAACGCGGCCAACGACUAUUCGGUGCUCUGCUGGGGACGCUUUCGCAGAGCUCGACCUCGGCGGCCCAAAAGCGACGUGCAGAUAUUGAACGACGACAACAGGAUAAGCUGAAGUUGCAGGAUGAAGAAUAUGGAGAGCUGAAGAAGAAGAGGCGGGAGGAACUGGCGGUGAUUCGGAAGAAGGAGCAGAGGUUCUACGAGGAGGAAUCGAUGCGCACGCGCCACUCGAAUCUGAUUGCGAUGGCUCAUUUCCUUAAGACGAGGACAGAGCCGGUAUUAUACUACAAGCCGUGGCAGCUAAGGGCGGAGGAUGAGGACAUAAUACAGGACCAGAUUAAAGAAGCGGAAGCUACUGUCGCAAGAGAAGUGGCGGAGUUCGACGCACGCUAUUCGUCCCACGAGGAGAAGAACCCCGAGCAGCAGGAGGAGAAGAUGCAGGAGGCUGAGCAUGAAGAGACCCAGGAACCAGCCUCUGUGUCCGAGUCAGACGCCAUGGAGAAUAAGAGCGUCGCUCAAGCGUCUUCGGUGACUAUGGGAGCUGAGACAACAGCCGGUGGAGGCUCCGAAGAAGCCAAAGCCGAGACCUCACCUGCUAAUGACAGCAAUGUAUCUACUAGUAUGGACCAUGACCGCUCGGAUAUCCAUCGACACGACGAUGAUGGCGGUGAAGUGGAGGAGGACCAAGAAGAUACGGUAAUCUAUUAG